UUUUCCGGAUAUUGCAGCAUGACUUUGGCUCGAAUAGGGUUUGAUUCUACUAAAAAUGCAAUAAAUUGGACGAAUUUAUUGCAACUGACUGGAUGUUCAAAGUACUGUCAAGGCCAGUUAUGUCUAUUCUCAUAUCUGCAGUCCAGAAACUACAGUUUCGUGACCACUGUAUCUGAUGACGAUUUGUGGGGCAGUGUUACAUCAGUUAGUGCUGCAGGAGCCAAGCGAGGUAGAGCUAAGUCAACAAAGAAAAGAAUAAAUCUGCAUAUUGGACAAAAACCUGGAUAUGGAAAGGAAGGUCUGCAGUUUCCUGGAUUAAAUACAAGAAUUCUCAGCAGAGAAAAUGCCAAGUCAACAGGUAUUAGACGAGCUGAAGAGUUUGAUGUAUUACUGGAAGAUCUACGACAAAAUCGUCGGUCUACAAAAAGAUCUCAAAGGAAACAGAAAUAUGUCAAUCCCCUUCUGAGAGGAUACACCAGUGCUUUCUUACAUGGAACCAGUUUAGGGCCACCAGCUCCUGUUAGAGAGGAAAAAUUUGAUGGCUUUGAUUCAAGGCUACUACAACUUAAGAAAGUCACCAAUAUUACAGCAGAUCAGGGAAAGAAGUUCGCAUACAGAGCUCUGGUAGCUGUUGGAAAUGGAAAUGGUCUUGCAGGUUUUGCUGUUGCUAAAGCAAACUUUCAAAAGGCUGCUGGCUAUAAGGCACGAGAUAAAGCAGGACAACAGCUAAUGUUUAUUGAGAGAUAUAAUGAACAUACAAUAUAUCAUGAUACAUAUGCUCAAGUCCAUUGCACAAAGGUGUUUGCCAAAAGGAAAUUUGAAGGAUAUGGUGUGGUGGCUCAUAGAGUGAUUAAAGACCUGUGUUUGUUGUCUGGGAUUAAAGAUAUAUACGUCAAGACUGAAGGCAACACAAAAAAUGCCAUCACAAUGACAACAGCUUUUUUCAAUGCAGUGACACACCAGGAAACACACCAGGAAUUAGCCAACAGAACCAAUAUGCAUGUCGUAGAACUCAGCGAUGAACGAAACCAGAUCCCAGUUGUGAUAGCAUCCCCAGAGGAUGGCAAAGUUCAAGAGAAAUACUAUGGGAGUGAAAGGGAUGUGUAUGAUUUAGAUACUCUUUAUACCAAAGGCAAACUUCAUUGGAUCAAGCCUAAAAUAAGGCCAGUGUGGGAAAGACUUGGUUUAACUUCAUAUAGGAGGAAGCUUGAUACAGCGGAGAGGCGUAGAGGACAGGAUGAGGCCCAGAGAGAGAGGAGAUUGUGUGGACUGGAACCAUCAAGGGAGGAGAGAAUUCACCGGGAUCAGGCCGGGAAAAAGAAAAAGGAAUAAAAAUGUGUGUUGUCCAUUGUUGUUUUCAAUAAAAAUGAUAAUACAU